AUGCUACAACGGUGCUGCCCGUGGGCUGCAGAAAUACUCUCGGCCUCCCUGACCCGGCCGAAGCUGAGGAGCCCAACGAAAGCACUUCAAAAAAAACGUUUGUUUCGCAGCCGCAAGGCUUCCCGCCUCAGCUACUACCACGCACCGAGUAAUGUCCCGCUGCUGCCGCUAACAGUGGGCCAGGUGAUCGACAGAGCUGCAGACACCAUGGGGGAUAACAUGGCCAUCAUCUCUUGCCACCAAAACAUCAGCAGAACUUACGUGCAGUACAAGCUUGACGUCGACCACUUGGCGGCUGCCCUGGUAUCGCUCCGUCUGCCUCUGGGAUCCAUGAUUGGCAUCGUGGCAUCUAACAUAUACGAGUGGCUAGUCGUGCAGUUUGCAUCGGCCAAGGCUGGCCUCAUCCUCGUAAACGUCAAUACAGCAUAUCAAGUUCCGGAGAUGGAGUAUUGCUUGAAAACUGUCGACUGCGCGGCUGUCAUCCUGUCGGAGAAGUUCUCCCGCCAGGACUACUACUCCAUGAUGCUGCAGAUAGCGCCCGAACUUGAGCACAGCAAACCGGGCGAACUCAAGUGUAAAAAACUCCCACGUUUGAAGUAUGUUAUUCUGCUCGGAGACGAAACAAAACCGGGCACGAUAAGAUAUGAUGACCUUAUGGCGCAAGCAACCUCGAAGGAUUAUGCCACCGUCGAUAUGAUAGAGAACCAGAUACGCUUCGACUCACCCGUUAACGUGCAGUUCACUUCGGGCACGACGGGAAAGCCGAAAGGUGCCUUGCUGUCCCACUUUAACAUUGUUAACAACGCUAACUCUACGGGACUUUUGCUGGGGCUUGAUAAGAAUGAUGUAAUCUGCCUGAACGUUCCCAUGAUCCACUGCUUCGGUUGCGUCAUGGGAAGCCUGGCAGCGUCGGUGUUCGGUUCCACGGUUGUUAUGCCCGCGCCAGGAUUCAACGCGGUCGCCAGCCUCGAGGCCAUCACGAAACAAAAGUGUAGUGUGAUAUACGGAACGCCGACAAUGUACAUCGACUUGCUACGUCACCUCAAUGAUUCAUCAUAUGACGUUUCAUCUGUACGCAAAGGCAUUAUGGCCGGCGCUCCCUGUCCACCCGAAGUGGUCAAGAAAUCCAUGGAACGACUAAACGUCAAACGGCUCUGCAUAUGUUACGGCUCGACAGAAUGCAGUCCAGUCAUUACGGCUACUUCUCCCGACGAGCCGCUGGAAAAGUGGAUUCACACGGUCGGGAAACCACUAGGUCACGUUGAGGUAAAGGUGGUGGACCCUAAUAACAACAUUGUUCCAUUGGGCACUCGUGGUGAGCUGUGUGCUCGCGGCUACCUCGUCUUUGCCAGAUACUACAACCAGCCCGACAAGACGAAGGAUGCGGUGCGCGACCACUGGUAUCACACCGGGGACGAAGCGAUCAUGACCGAAGACGGCCAAGUGAUUAUCAGCGGUCGCAUCCGGGACAUGAUCUGCCGUGGCGGUGAAAACGUCUACCCUCUCGAGGUGGAGGAGUUCCUCUACACGCAUCCGGACAUCGAAGAAGUUCAGGUUGUCGGCGUGCCGGACGAGAGGCUUGGCGAAGAAGUCUGCGCGUGGAUCAAGUUGAAACAGGGGAAAAGCUUGACCGAAGAUGAUGUCAAGAAGUUCUGCGAAGGAAAGAUCAGUCACUUCAAGACCCCCAAGUACAUUCUAUUUGUGGACACGUUUCCGAAAACAGUUUCUGGCAAGAUACAGAAGUUCAAGAUGAGAGAAGAAAGCAGAAAAAAGCUUAACCUCUGAA